AACACCAGUACACACGCACACACACGGAGAUAAAUCAUUUCAUGGCUCUACGAAUUGGAUUUUUUCCCUAUUAUUUACAUAUUGUGUUAGAUGCGUCGGUAUAUGCGAUGAAGCGGGAAUAAUACGAGAGGGGAGAACGUCGGCGGCGUCGUGCUAUAGGGUGAGCGUCCCCACUUGCAGCGUCGUCGGUACAGUUCGCGCCGAACACGCGUUCUUUAAACUUCCAAUUCUCCGAUAUCAAGAGGUGCUUAAUUAUUCGCCGCUUUGCGUCCUUUGGAAUUAUCUGAUAAGGCGGGCUUGUCGGCAAAUACUUUGCGGGUUUUAUGGCAUAGUGUGGUGGCACUUUCGUGGGCAAGUUUCGACAGACUGACAUAAAUGUGGGCCUCUGGCGAAUAUUAUUCAGGUCUGUUGGGUGGACCAUCGCGAUUAAUCUCGAAGUUAUGGCAUCCGGAAGUUGGUGGUAAAUUUAUAGCGGAUGGAUGCACGUGCCAAAAAAUUGUUCAAAAUGGUGAAUGAUUUAGAAGACGGAUAUGAAGAAAAUCGCACACUGCCGUGCUUUGAUGAAUUUUCCGUUGUUCCUGUUGAUUUUUUAUCUAGCGAAGAAUGGAGAUGCAGGAGGAAGCAUCCCAGGAAUAGAAUUAUCGAUGCCUCCAUCCCACAUCGCCUUAAGCGGAGACCUCCACAUCCAAAUUACUUCAUCGUCUUUUCCACCACUAAUGCUGCAAUUAUCUCGACUCGAAGGCAACGUGGCGCAACCCCUCACCACCUUCCCCGUACUCCCGGAAGCCCGUGCGCUUACUCUCAACACCACUAUAGUUAAAAUACCUUGUGGCUACUUCUCCAAAGGUGGCCAGUAUUACAUCCUCCUCAAGAAACAACCAAUGGGUAACACCUCUUCAGACGACCAGAACUCCGUGAUUACACGAAGCUUGGAUGUACGGUGGCCGAUGCCUCAACUUUCGCUUACCCCGGAACACAUUCAAACUUACCCGGAACGACCCGUUAUGGCGAUACUGGAGUUCCCGGAAGUGAUGUGUCCUCCACUGGUGGAGAGUCCGGCGACUGCGAUACCGGAGUUUUGGCUGGAGUUGCACUAUUGCGGCCAUUCCUUACUCACCUGUGAUAACGACGACAACAGACAGAACAGUUCCAAUGUUCAGGUGCUGGAUCAGGUCCGGGGAUUUGGAGGACGGCGGCUGUUCACCCUCAGAUGCGAGCUGUUCGGGUUAGCGGGAUUUUAUGCCCUUUUUCUAAGGCCCACUGCUAGUACCCAGCUGAUACCCCACACAGCCGCUUACGUUAAGGCCGAUUGGAGCGAGGAGUUCGUCUUCAACGUCCACGCCCGCAGCAUCUUCCCCUGCGACACCCACGGCAGCGGUAUAACGGUCCUAUUCCAAUAUCCUUCGUGCAUCCUAGCGUCCGGGGACCGCGUCCGCUUGUUCGCCCGUCUGCGGGCCAACGUGGCGUCCCUGGCGCCGCCGACCUCCCUCGAGUACGUGGCCGAAAAGCGGGUCAUCAGGGGCCAGCACAGUUUGCACUUUGAUUGUGAUUUAUUCACCGAGCGCUACGUCGAAUAUUGCUUCGUCUAUGUGAGCCAAGCAAUCAACGAAGCUGUCGCUGACGUCAGGAUGGAUUGCGUGCCCACCCAUCCUGUCACAGAGAAUGAAAGCGGUGGUUGGGGCCCUUGGAGCCCCUGGACUCCAUGUUCGAGUACUUGCAUCGGGGGCACAAGAAGUCGUUAUCGUUUUUGCGACAACCCUCCUCCUCGUUAUGGCGCCAAGUUCUGCGAGGGAAAAGCAGUGGAGACUGAAAAAUGCGGGAAAAACAUGGGUAACAACUGGGAAUGCUUUUAUGGAAAUAGUGUGUCUGCUGGUGAUAUCGCAGCAGAAAUGCCCGAAAUUCAAGCAGAAGUUGGUCCUUAUUGCAGAUGCGGAUGUGUUGUCCAUCUCGGACAAGCCAAACCUAAGCGGUUGUUGGCAACUUCGUCGCAAAGCUGUCCCGGGAGAACCUUUUGGCUUAUUCAGGCCGACGAGGAGUUUAUAAUCCAGUUCAAAGUGGAGCAAUUCCAUUUGCCGUGCGGCACUCAAUGGCUGAAAGUGAGAGAUGGUAGUUCCCUAUCAGCGAAUUUACUCGCUGAUUUAUCCGGUGCUCCCGACACGACACCAUCCGUCGUCAAUUCGACAGGACCGAAUUUAUUGCUCGAGUUUUUUUCAGACGAGAUCGCUGUCGGAGGACAAAUAUGUGGCGGGGGCUUCUUGGCACACGCUAGUCAGAUAAGGACCGGUAAAUCGAACGUGUCCGGCAUUCCAAUAGCCCAGAGCAUCGGCGUAGUCCCUGCCGUGAUGUUGAAAUUGACAGCGGUCCAUAUCGCAGCGAUAUUUUUUCUUAGCGGUCUGCUGAUUGCCACGGCUUUGUUGGGGGCUCAAUAUUUAUUUCGCUACAGGAAAUACCACAUCGCCCAGGCCGAAGAUCAGGAUUCCCUCGCUGAUCCCACAGCCUCUUGCGCCAGUAUAUCAAUGCGAACGAGGGCCUCAUCGAGCGCGACGCUCCUGUCGGAAGUAAUUUCAUUAACUAGAUUGAGACCGCACAUGAAGGCUCGGAAUAAGCACAGCCGUUUGAGGGAAUCAAUGGAUUGUGAACAGGAAGAAGAGGAGCAGGAGGUGACGUUGGCUAAAGAAGAAUCUUUGAGUUUGAGCAGUACAACGACUCUCACACAACAAGAAACUUUAACAACGGCGUUACCGCAAACUACGAGCGAAAUGGAAGAGGUUGCGUGUAGUUUGCCGGGUUCACCACAGAGUUACGAGCAGGGGACGUUGAGGCGGUCGUCCACUUUGACCAGCGACAAGGACAAAUCGAGUGAAAAAGACGAUUUAAAAAGUACAUCGUCUAAAAUCUCUAGAAGACUAAGUAACGUCAGUACUGCCACUAUGACGCAUGUGAGAACAUCGUCUGAAAUUGGUUCUAAAAGUGAUCCGGGGUUCUAUUCGCCCGCAUCCAGUCUAACCAGCACAGCAACAAUCCGAAGCACCAAUGCCAAAGAAACGAAAGAAAAAAGAAAUAGGGAAAAACUCCUAGGUGGGCCUGCAGCAGGUUCGGACUUUUCCAUAGUGAACGCAGAUAAUGACUUGGAAUUGGAUUAUUACGACUACAAUGUUGUAAAUGCAGGAGCUGCUCCAGGAUCGUACUUAGGAAUGGAUCCUGCUUUUUUAGUGUGGAUACCUCCUUUGGACGAAGACGGUGAGAUUCUUCCAACUGAUGAAGAACUCAAACCUAGAGUGUACAUAGACCCCGGAAGUAAUAAAGAAUCCCCUGAAGAGGAAGAAACGUUGCUGCCUAAAGGCGACAAGCCUGUAGAUGUGACGCCUAAAGCUUCUCCUAUAUUGAAGAAAAGUAAGAAGGUGCUCCCAUAUCCGGAAGAUGUGAAAGAAAAGGAACCUCUUUUAAACAAAACUGUGGUGACUAUACAACUGCCUGAGUUGCAUAAAAGCAAGAGGUGUAGUUCAACCAGCAAGUUGAUCGACGAUAUGGAAAAAGAGACUAAAGUGGAAAAAUCUCCUAGCUUAGAUACUAACAUUUUGGAAGAAAUUAGGUUUGCAGAUGACGAUGAUGACGAAAAGGAAGUGACUGAAAAUCAGUGCAAUAUUGAAUUAGCAUAUCACGAUUCGAAUAUUUUAUCUUCCAGUUAAGACUGAUUAUCAAGUUGUAAUGAGAAGUUAAAAUAUUGUUUAUAUGGUGUUAUCGAAGGGCAUUUAAUUGAUCAAAAGCUAUCUCAGGAUUGCAUUUUCGAAUGAGACUGAAUGUUGAUAAGAUGUUGAUGCAUUAGUUAUUUAUAGUCUUUAAUCUAGUCAUAUUUGUAAAAGAUUAACAUUUGUGAAUACAGUGUAGGCUUGUAGAUUGUUGUUUUGUACAGAGGGAUGUCGUUAAAUUUUCAUUAGUUAAGAGGAAGGUGGUUAUUGAUUUGUGCGUGGGACCAGAUGGAAAAUUUUUAGUACUUGACUGUUAAUGAGAUGAAUGUUUUACAUGGUGGAGGCUUAAAAAAUGCCAUCAACUAUUUGCAAAUCAAAUAACUUAGUCUUACUCAAGCUAGAAAAAGGAUCCCUUUUUAGGAAAAUUAGUUAGUGGCUUGCUUAUGUAAUUUUGUUUUUAUUAAAGUCCUAAAUGAGUUACCAAGUUCUUGUAUAUAGUUCCUUUUUGUUAUAAAAUGUUACAAAAACGCUAGAUUUAUAUGAUACAAAAUUUGGUAUAUGUACU